GGUCCUUUCUCUAGAAGCGGCCACUGUAAAGCCUGAGCCCGGGAGCGGAGGAGUGGCCCUCAUUCCCACGGAAGCUUGGAACUCGAGAGCGUUGGAGAAAACUCCAGGGGUUCUCCGUGCGCCUUCGUCUCGGACACGAGCGACAAGACCGGCGCGGAAGACGCAGGCCCGGGGGCGGUUUUUCGGGGGCUCAGGCGACGUGGCGGGCAGCUCCGCGGCGGGAGGGGUCCUGCGCAGAGAGCCGGCGGUCGAGGCGGCGACAGACUGAGCGGCGCAGCCGGAACGGGGAACGCGGCGGGGCGAGCGCGGCCGGGGUGACAGACGGACACACGGAGCGGCCGGGACGGCGGACUGGCGAGUGCUGGGCGCAGCCAUGAUCACCUCAGCGGCUGGAAUCAUAUCUCUUCUGGAUGAAGAGGAGCCACAGCUUAAGGAAUUCGCACUACACAAACUGAAUGCAGUUGUCAAUGACUUCUGGGCAGAAAUUUCAGAGUCUGUAGACAAGAUAGAAGUUUUGUAUGAAGAUGAAGGUUUCAGAAGCCGACAGUUUGCAGCCUUGGUGGCAUCUAAAGUAUUUUAUCACCUAGGAGCUUUUGAGGAGUCUCUGAAUUAUGCACUUGGAGCUGGUGAUCUCUUCAAUGUCAAUGAUAACUCUGAAUAUGUGGAAACUAUUAUAGCAAAAUGCAUCGAUCACUACACCAAACAGUGUGUGGAAAAUGCAGACUUACCUGAUGGAGAAAAGAAACCGAUUGACCAGAGAUUGGAAGGCAUCGUGAACAAAAUGUUCCAGCGCUGUCUAGAUGACCACAAGUACAAGCAGGCAAUUGGCAUUGCUCUGGAGACUCGAAGACUAGACAUCUUUGAAAAGACUAUACUAGAGUCGAAUGAUGUCCCAGGAAUGCUAGCUUACAGCCUCAAACUCUGCAUGUCUCUAAUGCAGAAUAAACAGUUUCGGAAUAAAGUACUAAGAGUUCUAGUUAAAAUCUACAUGAACUUGGAAAAGCCCGAUUUCAUCAAUGUUUGUCAGUGCUUAAUUUUCCUAGAUGAUCCUCAGGCUGUAAGUGAUAUCUUAGAGAAACUGGUAAAGGAAGACAACCUGCUGAUGGCUUAUCAGAUUUGCUUUGAUUUAUAUGAAAGUGCUAGCCAGCAGUUUUUGUCAUCUGUAAUCCAGAAUCUUCGAACAGUUGGUACCCCUAUUGCAUCUGUACCUGGGUCCACCAAUACAGGCACUGUUCCAGCUACCGUUCCAGGACCAGAGAAAGACAGUGAUUCAAUGGAAACAGACGAAAAGUCAGGUAGUGUACCUGUAGGAAAGACACCAGAAGUGAGUCCAGAGCCUAAGGACCAGACUCUGAAAAUGAUUAAAAUUUUAAGUGGUGAAAUGGCUAUUGAAUUACAUCUGCAAUUUUUAAUACGAAAUAAUAACACAGACCUUAUGAUUCUAAAAAAUACAAAGGAUGCAGUACGGAAUUCUGUAUGUCACACAGCAACUGUUAUAGCUAACUCUUUUAUGCACUGUGGAACCACCAGUGACCAGUUUCUUAGAGAUAACUUGGAAUGGUUGGCCAGAGCCACUAACUGGGCAAAAUUUACAGCAACAGCCAGCUUGGGUGUGAUUCAUAAGGGUCAUGAGAAGGAAGCAUUACAGUUAAUGGCGACAUAUCUUCCCAAGGACACCUCUCCAGGCUCAGCCUAUCAGGAAGGUGGAGGUCUUUAUGCCUUAGGUCUCAUUCAUGCUAAUCAUGGUGGUGAUAUAAUCGACUAUCUGCUUAACCAGCUUAAGAAUGCCAGCAAUGAUAUUGUUCGGCAUGGUGGCAGUCUGGGUCUUGGUUUGGCUGCCAUGGGGACCGCACGUCAGGAUGUGUAUGAUUUACUAAAAACAAACCUUUAUCAAGAUGAUGCUGUAACAGGAGAAGCAGCUGGCCUUGCCCUAGGCUUAGUUAUGCUGGGCUCUAAGAAUGCCCAGGCUAUUGAGGACAUGGUUGGCUAUGCACAAGAAACUCAACACGAGAAGAUUCUGCGUGGUCUUGCAGUUGGCAUUGCAUUAGUGAUGUAUGGAAGGAUGGAAGAGGCUGAUGCUCUCAUUGAAUCUCUCUGCCGUGACAAGGAUCCAAUUCUUCGAAGGUCUGGAAUGUAUACUGUAGCCAUGGCUUAUUGUGGCUCAGGUAACAACAAGGCUAUUCGACGCCUACUGCAUGUGGCCGUCAGUGAUGUCAAUGACGAUGUCAGGAGGGCAGCAGUAGAGUCACUUGGGUUCAUUCUGUUCAGGACCCCUGAACAGUGCCCCAGUGUGGUGUCGUUGUUGUCCGAGAGUUACAACCCCCACGUGCGCUAUGGAGCUGCAAUGGCCCUGGGCAUCUGCUGUGCUGGUACAGGAAACAAGGAAGCAAUUAAUUUGUUAGAACCCAUGACGAAUGACCCUGUGAACUAUGUGAGGCAAGGUGCUCUCAUAGCUUCAGCUCUCAUCAUGAUCCAGCAGACUGAAAUCACUUGUCCAAAGGUGAAUCAGUUCAGACAGCUGUAUUCCAAAGUCAUCAAUGAUAAGCAUGAUGAUGUCAUGGCCAAGUUUGGCGCUAUUCUGGCCCAGGGCAUUCUGGACGCAGGUGGCCAUAAUGUCACAAUCUCCUUGCAGUCCAGGACGGGGCACACCCACAUGCCAUCUGUGGUUGGUGUCCUUGUCUUUACUCAGUUCUGGUUCUGGUUCCCUCUCUCACACUUCCUGUCCUUGGCUUAUACCCCUACCUGUGUUAUUGGCCUUAACAAGGACUUAAAGAUGCCAAAAGUUCAGUAUAAGUCAAACUGUAAGCCAUCCACAUUUGCAUAUCCUGCUCCUCUGGAGGUACCAAAAGAAAAAGAAAAGGAAAAGGUUUCUACUGCUGUGUUGUCCAUUACUGCCAAGGCUAAAAAGAAGGAAAAGGAGAAAGAAAAAAAGGAGGAAGAAAAGAUGGAAGUGGAUGAGGCAGAAAAGAAAGAGGAAAAAGAGAAGAAAAAAGAACCUGAACCAAACUUCCAGUUGUUGGAUAACCCUGCCCGAGUUAUGCCUGCCCAGCUCAGAGUCCUGACCAUGCCUGAGACCUGUAGAUACCAACCUUUUAAACCACUCUCCAUUGGAGGCAUCAUCAUUCUAAAAGAUACCAGUGAAGACGUUGAAGAGCUGGUGGAACCUGUGGCCGCCCAUGGCCCGAAGAUUGAGGAGGAAGAGCAAGAGCCAGAACCCCCGGAACCAUUUGAGUAUAUUGAUGAUUAAGGACCAGAGAAUCCCACUGCUCAUUCGAGGAAAAUCAUCUGGGCUCAUGCUGGACAAGCCUGUGAGGAAAUCCACACUGCGCCCUGCCACCUACUGCAUGUACCAUUGCUUCUGCGCUCACCUGGGAAACCUUGUGUGCAAGUCUUUGGUUGAAAGAAGACCUGGGACUCUUCAGUGUGCUGUUUUCACAGAAGUUCAUUUUCAAAUAAAUUUAUUAAAACCUCCAGA